GAUUGGUAGAACCCGUAGGCCGAACCAAACAAAUACAGGAUCCUUCACCUAUGAGUCUAUAUUGAUUUCUUGUCGACCUUGAAUUGAAUCACCCGACAUAAAAUGACCUUUCUAUAAACAAAAGAAAGGACCGCGGCGCUGGUCCGUUAGCUGAUCGGCGCUCCCCGCGCGCGAUAGAUGGUGCGGUCCAUCCAUUCACUGAAGCGCUGCAGCAGCGGCGCUCUGACAGUUUGCGGUGUUUCUCAGUGUAACUGAAAGGGAAGCCGGCUCGCUGCGGCUGAGCUGGGGCAUUUCUUAGCUGUCAGGUGAUAUAGGGGCGGCGGGGAGGGGGCUCCCCCCACCAUAUCAGCCCGAAAUUUCUCCAAGGUUGUUUGUAGCCACCCGGCACAAGCUCGUGGUCUCCUGCCCUCCGGGUUCGUUCGAUGCAGCGCGACAUACGUAAGAUGGGCAAGGGGCAAGCGGGGUUUGAUUGCGGCGUUCUCGGCUGUGCUUCUCGGCAGCAUCAGCGCUCUCGUUGAGUCCAAUCGGAGCUGAUCUCCGCAGUGUCUUUUCGAGUGUUCAAGAGUCCUGUCUAGCUACUGCGACGGCUACAUAUGCGUGUUAGCCAACACACGGGUCGUUUGCUGUUUUUGGGCUACGGAGGAUACAUUUACGUGUACAUUUAAUCUUACUGGUCACGUCUUUGUACGGAUCAUGGACUGAAUUGUGUGCGAGAGCAAUAAUCGACAGCAGUGUUUUCUUGUGUGUAUAAAUGAUAGAAGAUACAAUGACACUGUUGUCUCUUUUGGGUCGGAUCAUGCGUUAUUUUUUACUCAGGCCAGAAACCUUGUUUCUGCUAUGCAUAAGCUUGGCUCUAUGGAGUUACUUUUUUCACACCGACGAGGUGAAGACUAUCGUCAAGUCCAGCCGCGAUGCCGUGAAGAUGGUGAAGGGGAAAGUGGCGGAGAUCAUGCAGAACGACAAACUCGGGGGUCUCGACGUCCUGGACGCCGAAUUCUCCAAAACCUGGGAGUUCAAGAGCAACAACGUCGCGGUGUAUUCCAUCCAGGGCCGGCGGGAUCACAUGGAAGAUCGCUUUGAAGUGCUCACCGAUGUUGUCAACAAGAGCCAUCCGUCCAUAUUUGGAAUUUUCGACGGCCACGGCGGUGAAGCAGCUGCGGAGUACGUGAAGACGCACCUGCCCGAGGUGCUGAAGCAGCACCUGCUGGCCUACGAGAAGGAGAAGGAGAACAGCAUCCUGUCCUACCCCGCCAUCCUGGAGCAGCACAUCCUGUCCGUCGACAAAGAGAUGCUGGAGAAGCUCUCCGCCUCCUACGACGAAGCAGGCACUACCUGUCUGAUCGCCCUGCUCUCGGAUAAGGAGCUGACCGUGGCGAACGUGGGCGAUUCUCGGGGGGUCCUGUGCGAUAAGGACGGCAACGCCAUCGCCCUGUCACAUGACCACAAGCCCUACCAGCUGAAGGAGCGCAAGCGGAUCAAGCGGGCAGGGGGCUUCAUCAGCUUUAACGGCUCCUGGCGGGUGCAGGGCAUCCUGGCCAUGUCCCGCUCGCUGGGCGACUACCCGCUGAAGAACCUGAACGUGAUCAUCCCCGACCCGGACGUGCUGGCCUUCGACCUGGACAAGCUGCAGCCCGAGUUCAUGAUCCUGGCGUCGGACGGGCUGUGGGACGCGUUCAGCAACGAGGAGGCGGUGCGCUUCAUCAAAGAGCGCCUGGACGAGCCGCACUACGGCGCCAAGAGCAUCGUCCUGCAGUCCUUCUACCGCGGCUGCCCCGACAACAUCACCGUCAUGGUCGUCAAGUUCAAGAACAGCCACAAGGGGGCGGAGCAGUGAGCCGCUCGGCGCGUUAGCGUCCGUACGGCUAGGGUAAGAGCAGCCCGGGUUCUGGAGCGGGAACUGUUCAGUAUUUACUGCAUCUACCCCCCCCCCAUUCUCCGUUGCACGUAUACAUGUGUGCGCACACACACGCGCACACACGCACACACACAUACACACACACACGCACACACGCAUACACACACACACACACACACAUACAUACACACACACUCAUUUGUUUUUACAAACCUGAUUUGUUUUCUUUUAAUGAAUUUUGGAAUAGCCUAAAGCCGUUUUAGAAAAUAACUGCCACACAGCAGAUAUGAGCUUCCCUCCCUGAGUUUAAUAUUAAUAAGGAUUUGGCCUGAGCUCUGACUCGUGUCCUGCACUGAACAGACACCAGUCCCUCACUUAGUGCCAUCGGACAGUUUGAUAAUCUGAGAUCAAAGGCCGUUCGGCUCCUUUUAAAAAGACAGCAUUGGGCCUCAUAAUCAACGUUGUGUUGAUUGGUUGUUUAAGUGAGGUCAUAGUUCAUAGGGGUCGUGCGGGGUGCUGGGGGAGAGAGGUCAGGGGUCAGUAUCCCAGCAGCCACCUGGCCCCCUUUGAUAUGAGCUCAUUUCUCUAUUCUCUCAUUCUUUAAAGAUUCGCCUCUCUCUGGCCUUUGAAGACGUACAGAACACUUUUAAACAUAAUCACAAGCACGUGCGCAUGAAAUGAAGAUAACAUAAUACAUCUUUUACACGUGUUAAGAAGUUUAAAAAUAGGUUGAAAUGUGUAUUGAAGAAAGUUAACAUUGUGUUUCCUCCUCCUUAAACCCCAACUCCAUUUUAACUGAUGUUUCAGAGGCCCUUCCCAGUUCUCGCUGUCCUCUGAGGGUGGAUGGGGGGGGGGGUGGGUAAAUUAACCUGAAUAAACCCCAGACACACACAGGAACGGGCUGGUCCUGCUCUAUUCACCAUAUCUGCCCUGUUUGGCUUUUUCCCAGUUUGUACAGUAUACACACGCUGCGUUUAAUUACCACCAGUGCGGCUCUAAUGCAGAGAUCAGGCUGCUCCAUCCUAACCCUAACCCUUACCCUAACCCUAACUCUAACCCUAACUCAGAAUUAAAACCCAGCCGCUGGGGCACUUCCAGCAGAAGCAUCAUUUGUGCAGAUUGGAUUUCGUUUGACAGUAAACGUGUAAAACAUGUACACACCUCCCCUUCCCCGGUCAAUGCCAUUUUUACUUCUCUCCCUCUCUCUUUUUUUUGCAUUCUCUUUUAUUUUCCCUCUCUCCCUAUACAUAUAUACAUAUAUAUAGAAAUCUGCCUCUCUCUCUCUCUCUCUUCACCCAUAUAACCGCAGACAGUCCCUCAGAGUUUUGUAUUCAGGACGGUUAUUAUGCUCCUCUGAAAUGUGUCCUAGGGCCAAAUGCAGAAAGAACUGCUGAGGGUACAGAAUUAGGAACGGGCAACACGUAACACCCCCCCCCCCCACACACACACCGCCAUAAAUGUGCAGAAGAACAGCGAGCACCUCCCUCCAGCAGUUAGGGUCUUAUGCAGGAGCCGCAACCUCAUUAUGGCCUGUGUGUGUGUGUGUGAAAAUGUGCGUGCUUGUGUAUGUGUGUGUGCGCAUAUGCUUGUGUGUGCAUGUGUGUGUUUGUGGUUUGUGUGCAUGUGUGUGCUUGUGUGUGUGUGUGUGUGUGUGUGUGUGAGUGCGUGCCUGCCAAUGUGUGUGUGUGUGUGCACGGUUGAGUGUAUGUGCAUGUGUGUGCAUGCGUGUGCGUGCGUGGUUGUGUGUGCGUUUUUUUGAGGGUGGAGUCCAUUGGCAGAGAUGACUGCCCUUGUCAUGAACCUGCACCUCUGUCUGUCCGUCUGUCCGUCUGUCCGUCUGUCUGUCUGUCUGUAUGUCUUUGUCUCUGUCUGUAUGUCUUUGUCUCCUCCGUCUGUCUGCCUGGGUAGCCUGUUCAUCGUGCUCUUCUUCUAGGGUUUUAUUUCCCUCUGUUUUCUGCUGCAUUGCAGAAGACUGCUCUUCUCCCAGAUAAAUGCACUAAAAUGACUGAAAGCUUUUUUAACGGGCAUUCACAUUUUGUUAUUAUGCAAAAAAAGCUUAAAUUGGUACUAAACACUGCAAAUCUCUGCUUCUAAUACAGAAAUACUAAUAAUUGAAUUUAUACUGACUAAAGCAAAUUCAGAACCGAUGCAUCUCCAUUGCCAUGACAUUUAGUUCCAGUAGCUUUACUUUAGCUUUGCCAUGAAAGCAUUAAAAUGUACUUCAAUGCCAUUGGUUCAUUUCUAGGACCCUGAUUAGCCCUGAUCUAGGACUGGAUCGCUGUACGGACAAGCUGAUUGGCCAAAUCCAUAGCAGAACAAGAGUUCCCAUUUGGGUUAGGAGACCAUUUGGAGUAGAACCAGCUGUGGCCCUGCUUUAGCUGUGAUUGGACACAUUUUAAAUGAGUCUUGGUUUUCCAGACUUUGUCUAUAUUGUCUCGAAUUCCUUUAGCAGCAGAACAGUGUUUUAUGUAUUUUCUUAAAUAAAAAAAGGCAGAAUGGCAGUUGAAAUCCCGGCGGACAUUACAUUACAGGCAUUUAGCAGAUUCUUAUCCAGAGCGACUUACACAACUUUUACAUUACAUCCAUUUAUACAGCUGGAUAUAUAAGGUACUUGACCGAGUUUACCCAGUCUUACCCAGUCUUACCCAGUCUUACCCAGUCUUACCCAAUCUUACCCAGUCUUACCCAGUCUUACCCAAUCUUACCAAUCAGGUAAAAUCGGUCACCGCCAGUGGCUACCAAUCAGACGUCCUGAACUGAGGUCGCCUCUGAUACCAGAACCGCUGAAGGCCUGGGUCCGACCGGGUUUACUCCCAGAUUAGGACCAAGACGGUUUAAUGUGACCGUUUCUGUUUUCCUCCGCAAAUGGCCCUUCAGUUAUAGAUCAGGAUUAAUCAGGGUCUGAGAAAUGCGUUUUUUAAAGUAAGUUCAACUGCCUGCUGUGUUUGAUGAAAUAUGUACUUGCUGCCUUAUUUUUUUAAACAUAUUUUUUUCAGUUAUAAUUCUUUGCCAAAAGUAAAAGUAAAGAUUUUAUGGUUUCUAGUGUAACAUAGUUGAAAAACGCCAUCCACAUCAUAUAUGGAUAUCAUAUUGUACCUGUAGAAUAGCAUAUCUACAGUGGUCUCUAAGAGACAGAUAGCAAAUGUACAUAGUCCAUGCUACAUCAUAAUCCCCUCACAUCAGAUAUGAGAUAAAGCCAAGCAUAAACACCCUGGUUAACAUAAAAAAGAGUAAUAAAUGACUAGCAUUAGUAUGUUUAUAUGUGCUUUUUUUUUGGUUGUAUAUUCUUCUUGAACAGUGUAUGUUACUGAAUGUUUAUGUGGAGUUUGUAUUUUGGUUUUUGUUGAAUUAAUGAAACUGUAAAAAGAAAAAGUUGACCUGUGGAUUUUAAGAUGAAAUAAAAAAAAAUGAUAACAACAAACAAUAAAAGAUCACUGAUCAAACUACA